AUGGUUGCACCUAUAAGGGGAAACCAGGAAAAUUAUGUGGUACAUUUAACUUAUAUUUUUGCUGUCCUGUGCUAUUCAACAGGCCUAUCAGGGUACACAAUAACGUUUAUUGUUUUAUCCUCAAUAUCUGUCUUAUGUUUACUGAUUCGAUUACUAAUCUAUUGUUGCGCCUCACGAACAACACCAGCCACACGAUCAACAGCAGUUGUAACCGGAAAUUCAUUCCAUAAUGUUGCUGCUGUGAACCGAGAAACUGCACCACCAUCGUACGAUGAAUCACAAAUUAAAGUUUAA